AUGUACUCUUGGCAUGGUGCUCGUAGAAACAUGAAGAACCUCCGCAACUACGAGCAGAACAUCUCUGCCGGAAGCGAUGUUUUCCUUACCCUAGAGCCCGCCAGCAGCAAGAAGCGCCCCGCCGCCAACACCGCCGCCGCCAACACCGCCGGCCCAGAAACGGCAGAAAUCGGCCUGGGUCGACGCCCUCGAGAACUCCCGUGGCUGGUAACACCCGCUCCGUCAGCGAACCAAGCUGUUACCACCUCCAACGUUGCCGCUGCCGCCGGUGCUGACGGCCGUAGUGGUGCCGACGCAAGAAGGGGCUCGUCGCGGAGCGGGUCGACAGAGUCGACGGCAGGAAGCGGCUGCGGCGGACGGCAGAAACAGCAGCAACCGCGGGGGAGAGGGAGGCACGCCGAGCUACCGGGGUCCGGAGGAUGUUCAGAGCCCGGAGAUGCCUCGCUGUCACCGUCAGGCAGGAACUGGGACAAGAGCACCAACGGGCGACUCCAAAAGCGAUGGCAGAAAGAAGAACAAGAUGACCGCGCUUCAGAGGCAUCGGCGGCAACGGCGUCAGACGCCGAGUGGGCACGACGACAGCGGUGCCAAGCGUUGGCUCUGGCGUGCGCCGGUAGCAUGGAUCUGCCGGUGGGGACAUCCUCCUCGGCAGAUUCGGGCGGCGGCGGUGGGGCAGGAGGAGGGACAGCCAUGGCUCUGCCUGUCGGACUUGGCCCGGGUUCGAUCGGAGACGAUUCACCCUCCUCCGGGGGCCGAGGGGCUGGCGGUGGCGCGAACGGUCGGGGUGGGUUGCGUCGGGGGCAAGGAAUGGUUGUGGUGUUUGCCGACAGAUUAUCAGCCGUUCUUGAAUCCAACUCGGCGGUACCGCUGGAGGAGCUACAGGCCGGGUUGCUGGAGCUUCGACCCUUCCGCUUCGGUAUCCCGUUCUCCUCCUCCACCUCCUCCUCCUCCUUAUCCUCUUCGGCUUCUUCGACGUCGUCAUCUUCCUCCGCCCUUUCCGUCUUAGAAGACGGCGACGCUGGCGGUGACGGUGGUCCGGGCAGCGGGAGGGGCGGAACAUGGGUUGACGCCACCGGUGACAGCCGUCAACGAGCAUCAAAACCAGCGGGCGGCGACCCCGUUGCCAAAAAGGGGGCGGCAAGGCGGGCAGGACGAAGCCAGAAGAAGAGGACGGGGCUCGGCGAGGAAAAGGUUCCCGUCUCAGCUCAGCGCCGUGGGGGUCCUACAACCUCGCCGGCGGCAAGGGCGUCGGCGCGAGCGGGGGCUCCGCCGCCCGCCGGCGGGAGCCGUGUCGAUUUCUCUUCCGCGGGCCGCCACCGCCACCCUGUCGGCAGAGAGAAACCCCGAUCAAACCCGACCACAGCGAACAAGAACAACGGCUGGGUUCGGAGCAGGUCGUUUUCGAGGGGAGGGGCGCGCCGGGGGCGCUCGGGCACGCAGACGACACCGCACACGGCGGCAGGGUGUUGGGUGCCGCCGCCAACCCGCUGGGGCGGGACCCCAAUAAAAUCGCCGCUGUUUUUGGGGGGGGGAGAGGGCAGCACCGCCGCUCACAUGGGCGGGGGCAAAGAAGGCGACGGGUGCGUUGACACAGGUCAUGAUCGACGAAGCAGAGGGUUGCCCCUUGAUUUUCACAACGGAGGUGAGCUGGAGUGGGUGGGGGGGGAAGAGGGCAUGGACGCCGAGGGCCGGGGCUUCGAAAUCAUUGACGCUGAGUUUUUCAGGACAGUCGACGGUCAGUCGCUGUUUGCUGAAAGCCUGAGCGGAACCGGCGGAAAAACCGAGCGUGUUUGUCACGCGAUUCAGUGGGGAGAGGACGGUGACAGAGACGACCAAGGUCACCAUCGCCGCCGCGGGUUCUUCUGCCUGCUGGGGGAGGAGGGACACCUUGCUUCGGAGAGGGGCAGCCCCGACGGCAGGCGGCUGGGCGUCGCGGCGCGCCGCAGGAGGGCGAGGAUCGACACCAAGAGCAGGGAUGGCAAGCGGCGGGCGGAGAUGAUGUUCGCCAGGGAGACGAUAAAGCGGCUUGAAGAAGAGGUUAUCAAGUACUCUCAGGCGCUCAAGAAUCCGACGACCCCCGCCGACAACCCGUGCGGCCGCCUUUCCUUCCACUCGCCGGAGGCUCUCGAGAAAAGCCGACAACACCCGAGGCACACCGUCUUGGCUGUGUGCCCGACGAGUCUUCUCCCCCCCUCCCUCCCGUCCAUACCCCAGUGUAUCUCGCGGAGGACCGACAAGCUGAAAGGGCGAGCCAACUUGGCCAAGAGCCGAGGAGAGGCCUCCGCGGCAGAAGAUCGAGAGAGGACGCUCCUAGGGAUCGUGGCUCUUGUAUGCACGGCGGUUGACAUCAAGCAGCUGCUCGAGAGGACCAAGAAGCGCCGGGCGGCGGACAGGGAUUGCUUGCUGCUUGUCUCAUCCGCGCUGCGCGUUCAGCGGGCCUGGCGUGAGUAUCGUCGACCGCCACCCGUGGUCGACACCGACGGAGAUGCGGGAUUCAUCAGGUCCAUUAUGCGCAUCUCAACCAAGUACAUUAUUCGCAAGAGGGCGCGGGUGCUGGCGCUGUUGAAGCUGUGGCCCGAAGGAGAGGCGGCGAUCAAGCUCGAGCUGCGCACGGGGAAGAGAAUAAGGGGUGAAGGCAGCUGGAGGGCGACUUGUCUCCGCAGGAGCUCACGGACGGAAUCCACGUCAGCCAUGGUCCCCCACGGAUCGGUGAGCGGCGGCGGCGGCGGCGGCGGCGGAGGUGCCGUUACCGGCUCAUAUAGCGGCGGCGGCGGCGUCCCCGCAGCUGGGGCGGCGGCGGCGAAUAUCUUGCCGGCCCCGUGGUUUCCCCGCCUGGUGAAACAGAUGGAGAUCCGCAAGAACGAGACGGCUCAGAACCUCAUGAGAGGCCAAGAAAAGGUUAAGGGCGUCGCAGAUGCACCCGCGCCCGUCGGAAGAGCGCCGGGUCGUAGCGGGACACCCCUUGUGUGCUUUCAGAGACUCUUUCUACGACCGUUUUUCCGUCACACCACCGAGGCGGCCUGGAUCUCAAACAACCCGAUCGGUCAAGCGUACAAGCACGGCAACCACCAGCAGCACCUGCGUCAGCAGCAACAGCUUCAGCACCACGCAGGCGAUUCGGACGAAGGGCGAAGGCUCGCAAGAAGCGACUCCGACAGCACCGGAGGAGGCUCCGUUGCAUCUGUCAGGACGAACGCAACGGACUCCACCGCGGGGGCGGCGGCGGCGGCAGCAGCAAGGAAGACUUUCGACGACCCGGCCGACUCCACCGGCAGAAACCCGCACCGGAGCCAACAAGAACAGUCGCGACGGAAGCACUCCCAUUCGGCCGAACACAGCGACGACAACGACACCCAGGAGGGGUCACUGUCGAGCAGCGUCGGCAGCCUCGGGGACGCCGGCACGAAGAAGAACAAACGGCGAAGCCGCGGGUCGGGCGGGCACGGAGAUGGAGGGCGGGGAGGGCAAAGGACGAGUAGAAACAACGACGCCAAGAACGGGCUGGGUGCCAUAUUCGACGACGAUGAUGACGGCGGCGGCGGGGAGGGAAAGACCCGUGCAACCGGCGGCCCUCAGUUCUCCAGGACUACACCUGCGGCCUCCUCCUCAGGACAAGGAACGCGCGUGUUCUCGGCCACCGGUAGCAUGCACCACCGGCAACCGAGAAACAAGAACACGGUGGCGGCGCGCGACAUGACGUCGUUGCAGCUGCUUGGCGGGGGCGGCUGGCUGGCUCGGUUGGCUGAGAUGGACAAAGAAAUCGACGCGGCCUCCCUCGUGCCGCUACCGGUGAAACUGUCGACAAUCGAGUCCUUCAUGAGGGCGGAGAUCUUGAGGAGAGUGAAGCUGACUAGCCGGGACCAGGCGUCGCGAAGAACGCUCCCAGAACAGGCUACAGUUGCGACGGCGAAGGCGCUGUUGCACGGGUCGAUAGAGGAUUUCUUCAACCAGGCGGAGGCCGCGCUCUGCAGCAAGAACAUCGACAUGCUUCAGUUUUCACCGUUUGCUUCGUCCCCGUCCGCUGUUCUUGUUCAGCUCUACUCCGGCGAGGCACGGUUGCGGUUUAUGGCCGAGGUCGACAAGCGGGUUCGGGGUUACAUGGAAAAGGGCAGCCGCCGGUCACCGGCCGCCCUGCAUGCUCAUGCUAGCGUUAAGUAUGAACUGUAG